AUGGUCCUGCAGCCUGUCACUCUCCGGGCCCCCUCCCUCACCCCGUGUCUCCCUAUAGGCGCUCGGCCCUCCCUGCUCCUGGCUUUCGCCCUGCUCUGCCUGCUCUGGCCUCGGGAGGUGUGUGCCUUCCCCACCAUGCCCUUGUCCAGCCUGUUUGCCAAUGCAGUGCUCCGAGCCCAGCACCUGCACCAGCUGGCCGCAGACACCUACAAAGAGUUUGAGCGAACAUACAUUCCGGAGGGACAGAGAUAUUCCGUCCACAACGCCGGGGCUGCCUUCUGCUUCUCGGAGACCAUCCCGGCCCCCACGGGCAAGGACGAGGCCCAGCAGAAAUCUGACGUGGAGCUGCUCCGCUUCUCGCUGCUGCUCAUCCAGUCGUGGCUCGGGCCCAUGCAGUUCCUGAACAGGGUCUUCACCAACAGCCUGGUGUUUGGCACCUCGGACCGUGUCUACGAGAAGCUGAAGGACCUGGAGGAAGGCAUCCAAGCCCUGAUGAGGGAGCUGGAAGAUGGCAGCCCCCAGGCAGGGCAGAUCCUCCAGCAAACCUAUGACAAGUUUGACUCAAACUUGCGCAGUGAUGACGCGCUGCUCAAGAACUACGGGCUGCUCUCCUGCUUCAAGAAGGACCUGCACAAGACUGAGACGUACCUGCGGGUCAUGAAGUGUCGCCGCUUUGUGGAAAGCAGCUGUGCCGUCUAGCGGAAGGGCAUCUCUCUUAG